ACAGUCACAUCAAGGCAGGCAAGCGAGGAGGUGUUGCACUCCCUCCCUUCCGUUUGUACCCAAUACCCUUGCAAUACAAAUUAUUCCCACGUAUUGUGACUCGUGGCUGAUACACGAUAAAGCAGCAGUGCAUAGGAGUUAAUAGCGAAGUGUAGUGCACAUACAUACACAGACACUGAGCGCCAUGAGUGGGUGGUGGAGCAAAGGAAGCAGAGGAUUGGCUGCCCUGGGUCACGUGGUGGGGCGGUCAUGUCAAGGUCACAGUGGACGUGCUGUGUCCCUCUCCGCCCUACCUUCUCUCGCCUCCCGGCCCACGCCCCCGCUAGUUGCCGCCCUUCACAGAUGCAGGCCGUACACCAGCGCGGCGUCGGCCUCCCUGCCCCCUGCCAAGACGGGCCACGCCGCCUCCCAGGACGAGAAGCGCGAGUUUAUGUCCAUCUUCCCUGACUUGGUGCGUGAUCUGACGGAAGUAGGCACUCACUCUGACAUCCCUGACGCCCAGAAGUGGUUUGCUAAGGUGUUGCAGUACAAUGCAGUGGGCGGCAAGAUGAACCGCGGCCUUGCAGUGUCCCUCUCCUUCAAGCUGCUGGCAACACAGGACCUCAUCACCCCGGAGAACAUCAAGAAUGCACACAUCAUGGGCUGGUGCAUCGAGCUGCUGCAGAGUUUCUUCCUGGUGGCCGACGACAUCAUUGACGGGAGCAAGCUGCGCCGUGGGAAGCCAGCUUGGUACCUCAAUGACAACCUGGGGCCAAGUGCCUUCAAUGACGCCAUUCUGAUGGAGGCUGGCAUCUACAAGAUCCUUCACAAGCACUUUGCUCACGUCCCUUACUAUGUGGACAUGCUAGAUCUCUUCCAUGAGAUGACACUCAAGACAGCCCUGGGUCAGGCACUGGACCUCCUGUCAUGCCCUCCAGGACAGAAGCCAAUACUGAAGAAGUUUACAAUGGAACGCUACAAUUCUAUAGUCAAAUAUAAGACAAGCUUCUACUCCUUCUAUCUACCUAUUGCUCUUUCUAUGUACAUGGCGGGGAUAAGAAAUACUGAUAACGUACGAGUGGCUGGGAUCACGGACCGGGAGCUGCACCGCCAGGCACGCACCAUCCUCGUCGAGAUGGGACAGUUCUUCCAGGUUCAAGAUGAUUACCUGGAUUGUUUCGGGGACUCCUCCAUCACGGGCAAAAUCGGGACAGACAUUGGGAAGGGCAAGUGCACGUGGCUGUCGGUGGUGGCGCUGCAGCGGGCGUCCCCCUCACAGCGGCUCGUCAUGGAGGAACACUACGGUGUACCGGAGGAGGAGAGCAUCCGUAAGAUCAAGGGGCUGUACAAGGAGCUGAAUCUGCCAGCGACAUACCGCGCCUACGAGGAGUCCACAUCGUCCAUGAUCCGCACACACAUCCAGCAGAUCUCCCGCGGCCUCAACCAUAACGUUUUCUUCAACUUCCUGGACAAGAUACACAAGAGGUCCAGCUAGACCACUCGCUGUGUACGACAACCCGAUGAAUUACCAGAGCCUGUGAUCAGCAUCUUUUUUUUUCCACUUUACUGUCCAGUGUGGAAUAAAUCAUUAGGAUUGGAUCCCAAUCUCAUUUAGCUUUUUUUUUUUAUAUAGUUUGCUUUAUAUUGUUUCUGCACAAAAUAAUCAAAAGUGAUGUUUACUUUUUGUUGUUACUUCUCAUAACUUGACAUUGGUUUCAGCAUUAGUGAUACUCCACAAAGCAGAGGAACGAGGUCACUUUGAAGAAGUAUGAGCAUUUAGGAACAUUAGCUCAUCAUACAGUCCAGUAAUAUCCAUACUGUAAUUUGUGGUGCUCCCUUGGAAGUAUAUACUGAGAUGCAUGAGAGAAGUGUCCUGUAGUGUUAGCAAAGGCAGGCUAAAACUGUUCACUUACAGUUAUAUGUAGACAAGUAUCAGUCUCCCAUGUAGUCAGUGACAGGCUGUCUCUAUACUCUUGGCUUUGGGUGUGCUGUCUCUCACAGCAGGUGGAUAGGGAAGCUCCGUGUGUGCCUCUCUUUCAUCAGGCUGUGUGUGAAGUGACCACCCCCUGUUUGUGUAUAUUUGGGUUACUCAUGUCAUGUUUUGCUGAGUCUGGAAGACACUGAAGAGUGCAACUCUUUUGGCUGCUUGUGCAAUUAUUCUUGUCAUUAUGCCAAGUGUUAAGAAGGAAGAAACUUUGGAUGUGUGCAUGUGUGUGCGUGUGUCUACUGGUGAUGGUGUUGGGAGUGAGAUUGAGAUUGUUCCUCCCUUAGCAGGGGGUGGGAAGCUUAAGGAGGCAACUCACAGUGAUGGUCUCCAUCGGGUGUUUAUUGUUGUCUCCCUGUGGAUUUUAGAUUAAGUAAAUUUCAUGUUGUUGAUGACCAUUUUUCUUUCCCAGUUCCAGGGGGGAAUACUUAUACUAUAAACAUUAAAAUCUACCACCAUACAA